AAUCUCUCUCUGUCUCUCUCUCUCUCUGUUUUUCACGAGAAGGUCGUCCUCUCUCCAUCUCUCUCUCUCUCUGUUUUUUUUUUCAGGAGAAGGUCGUCGUCCCUUCAUCUCGAAGAUGAACGGCGGCCCAUCUGGUUUCCACAAUGCUCCUGUCACAAGAACCUUCGUUAUCGGAUCGGCCCUCCUUACGAUCUUCGUUGGAAUUCGAGGCCGUCCAGCAUUCCUCGAAUUGUCUUACCAGGAUAUUUUCAGAAAGCUUCAGCUUUGGAAGCUAAUCACAUCUACAUUUGCCUUUUCGUCUACACCAGAGCUGAUUUUUGGACUGUAUCUUCUCUAUUACUUCAGGGUGUUUGAGAGACAGAUAGGCUCCAACAAAUACUCAGUUUUCAUCCUGUUUUCCUUGAUAGUGACAUCACUGUUUGAAUUCCUUGCUUUGGCGCUACUUAAAGAUCCCACCCUAAGCAUACUAGCAUCAGGACCCUAUGGUCUUAUCUUUUCUUCCUUUGUACCCUUCUACUUUGACAUUCCGGUCACGACAAGGUUCCGUAUAUUUGGUUUUCGCUUCUCAGACAAGUCGUUUAUAUAUUUAGCUGGUCUUCAGCUUCUUUUGUCAUCUUGGAAAAGAUCUCUCUUGCCAGGCAUAUGCGGUCUUGUAGCUGGCACUUUAUAUCGCCUUAAUGUGUUGCGGAUCCGCAGGCUAAAGUUCCCACAAUUCGUAACAUCAGUUUUUUCACGGUUAUCAUGGCCAUCUUCGGGAAGCUCAUCCUCUACAAGAUCAAGCGGGAACAUUAUAGGAAGUGUACCUUCUUUCGCAGGCCGCCAACCAGAGUGGAAUUAUCCGACGUCUGUUCCACGGGCUUCAACAGCAGAGCCACCUGAGGAUUCUGUUUCUACAUUGGUUUCAAUGGGCUUUGACAGAAACUUGGCAAGACAGGCACUGGUACAGGCUAGAAAUGACGUUAACAUGGCCACCAACAUACUCCUUGAAAUGCAGUUGCGGUGAAUCCAAAGACCCACCAUUUCUUUUUCUAGGAAACAGAAGUGGGUUGGGGACCUGAUGUGCAUUGAGAAGAUGGGCACAAUGCUUGCCCCACUUCAGCAAAUGGAAGUGGGGUCCACUGCCUGGACUCUGUUCCUUCCUCUUCCCCUAAUGAAGAAGGCCACUGCAGGUAUGUGAUAUUAAGAUAGUUCUACAUUGUUAGGAUAGUUAGGAGCCUGUAAAUUUCCUCUUUCAGUGUAGCAGAUGGAUAUCAAAUGAAUGUAAGAAACAGAAGAAGAAAAAGCUUGCAAAAUCUUCUUUCCGAGACUUCA